AUGUCACCCAUCAAGAAAGUCGCAGUAUUCGGUGCCGCCGGUAACUUUGGCGGGCCCAUCACCUCGGCCCUGCUAGAGGCCGGCUACACGGUGACGGUGGUGACGCGCCGGGACUCGACGGCCGAGUUCCCGCAGACCGUCUCCUCGGUCAUCCGCACGUCGGGCUACGCGGACCUGGCAGAGCUGCACUCGGCUCUCCGGGGCCAGGACGCCGCCGUCUGCGCCCUGAGCCCCGGCGCCCUGCCGUUUCAGGAGGGCAUAGUGGAGGCGGCCCAGGCUGCCGGCGUGCGCCGCCUGAUCGUCAGCGACUUUGGCUGGGGCCCGGACCACGGCCGUCAGUUCCCGGACUUUGCCGAUAUUGGCGACGCCAGGAGGGUCCCCAUAGACAGGGCCAGGGCCCUCGCCAGGUCCAACCCGGGCUUCUCGUGGACUGCAGUGGCUAUUGGGAACCCGAUCGAGUGGGCGCUCAAAAAGUUCCCAACGAUGGGCUUCGACGUCUCCACCAACACCGCCAUCAUCUACGACGCCGGCACCGAGACCUUCACCGGCACCACGAUCCAGGGAAUCACCCAGGCCGUCCUCGGCGUGCUCCAGCACCCGGACGAGACGGCAAACCGCGUCGUCAAGGUCCGUUCGGUACAGACCUGCCAGCAAGAGCUCCUGUCCGCGUUCAGGGAAGCCACCCCCGGCAGGGAGUGGACGGUGCGGCACGAAACGGUAGCCGAGCUCAUCCAGAGGGGGAGGGCGAAGCGUGAGCAAGGGCUGCCGUGGCAUUUGGACCUGGCAGUGGCCCAGCUGUACGAGGAAGGCCGAGCCCGUAGCGUGCUCGUGUCGAGGGAAGACUCUGACAAUGACGUCGUUGGGGUUCGGGACGAGACGGUGGCCGAGAUUGUCGCCAAGGUCUUGUCGUGA